AUGUCAUUAUCGAUGUUCAAUCAUUUUUGUCAAAAUGUGUUAAAAUUGGUAGGAGCCCGCGUUGUCUCAUUACGUAUUACAUUAAAUAAUAUUAUUGGUGGUUGGUCACUCGUUUCAUCAUCUUUACGAUGUCAUCAAACAAUCUUACUUCAACGACUUCAUCUAAUCAAUAUUAAACCACAUGAAUUUGAUAAAUUAUUGCGUAGUUCUGUAAUAAGACAACUACAUACUUUACUAGUUGAUAUAACAGAACAUAAUCCUUUCAACUAUCAAGUUGUAGAAGGAGCAUAUUUAGCUAAGGUAUGUUCACAACUGCCUGUUCUAAAAAUUUGUCGUCUUCCAUUUAAUUUUUGUUCGUAUAUUCGUGAUCGAUUAUCAAAAUAUUCAGUAUUACCACCAUUGAUGACUUUGCCAUAUCUUUCCAAUACAACUCAUCUUCGUACAUUGAGCAUUGGUAUUAAUACAUCACGCUUUUUAGAACGUUUACUUGUUUGUGUACCAUUUAUCGAAAAUCUCUCUGUUGGUGUAUAUGAUUCAAAGAAGUAUGAGAAUGAUAAUUUUAGUAUACUCAAAUUGCCUGUCGCUGUUAAUACUUAUCUUCUUCGUCGUCUAUUUCGUCUUAGUUUGAACUGUUUGGAUAACAGAAGUUUUCAUCGAGCCAUUGCGCUUUUAUCAUCUGUAUUUGGUCAACUUACUCAUUUAUCACUAAAAUUAGAAAUGUGGUCAUCAGUAUCUGAUCCAUUUGUUGUAUCAGGUGAUACUAUUCAGCAAUUGUGUAUUGAUCGUCUCAAACCAUAUGCAACCUAUACUCUUAAUCUAUUGCUGACUAUCAAAGAAGAUUUAGAGGAAAAAGUAAUCCUGAAUUCGUUUUUUAAAGCUGCGUUUACUUAUCGAAAACGACCAGCCGUAAUUAUUCAAGAGAAUUCUCGGUUUUCUUGUAUUACUUCUGAUACUUAUUCUUUUUUCGUUUAUACUGUACCAUAUAAUGGUACAAUUCUUGAAACAUCGUUUUUUUCUGAAAAUCUCCAAAUAUCUUCUCAAAUAGCAGUUAAUGGAGUAAAAUUAUUUCCAUAUGCUAAUGAAUUAUUCAUCGAAGUUUGUGAAAGAGAAAGUCGUCUUAUAGAUCUCAGUAAUUGCAGAAGUUCAAUAUCAUUACUCGUUCCAUGGUCGUCACUAAAAAAAAUUUCAAUUGAAAAUAACAGUACUAUUAGUCCAGCUCAGCUCGCAUCAAUAUUAAAAUCAGCUUAUAACAUACAUACAUUAGAAAUCAAUGAUGAAGAUAGUAAUUUAGUUCAUGCUUUAUUAAAUAACGAAGAUAAUCUUGGUACAAUUGUUAAUCGACAAAUACAAUCACUUCAUCUAAUGGAUUGGUCAUUGGCAAUGUCUAAUAUGGAAGAUUUUUGCACGCUUCUCACUAAUCAAUUGCCCAAUUUGAAAGAUGUUUCGUUCGCUAUCUUUAAGUCAUUCCGUGGAUUACAAAGCAAAUUACCGCAUACUGUUGUUGAUCAGAAUGAAUCUUCGAAAUAUAUUGUUAAUCUUGUUCAUUUUCUUGUUGAUCAUUUACAACAACUUGUUUCACUUUCUAUAAGUUUUAAGUCGACUUCUUCUAGUUCACCCUGUUUUCCACCUACAAUUCGACGACAACUGUAUGAAUGGCCACUGAAUCGAUCAUAUCGAUUACGAUGUUCGUUUGAAGAAAUUCAAAUAUGGCUUUAA